AUGCACCGUAGCGAUAAGCAGAAACACGGUGAGGGUGUUCGACGGACCGUAUUCAAUAUAUAUAGUCCAUCCCGACAUAAAGGGGGCAGUACCCCAGCCAAUAGUGUGAAUGAUAUAGGUUCCCCUUACCCCAAUGCUACUGGUCACAACGAUGGAAACGAUGAAGCCAUGCCGGUGGAAGAAAGCGGAAACAUUAUCAUCAUGGCGUGGAGCUACGCCCAGAAGACUGGAGACACUUCCCAGCUCACGAAAUAUUUCGACCUACUGGACCAAUGGGGGCAAUAUUUGAUCUCCGACGCUCUCGUUCCAGCUUAUCAACUCAGCACCGAUGACUUUGCGGGCAGCCUUGCGAACCAGACCAAUCUCGCAAUCAUCGGAAUCAUCGGAAUCAGUGCGAUGACGCAGAUUGCUGACAUCUUAGGCGAUGAUACCAAGAGCAGCGAUUACAAUAACCUGGCGUUUUCGGAUGACGAUAGCCAUCUUACUCUCUCUUAUGGGAACUCUCCCAGCUGGGGCCUAUCCUAUAACUUAUACGCCGAUAAAUUAUUGAAUCUCAAUAUCUUCCCCCAAUCUGCCUAUGAAACACAGACGAAGUGGUAA